AUGAGUCGUAAUCAAGAUGAGUCUGAGAUAGAGCUCAAUUAUUCCGGCGAGUCGGAUGCGUCAUCCGACUCGAAGGAGACUCCUCACGCCUCCGGAUCACCCGGGACGGACACUGCUAGAGCCAGACUGACUGGCUCUGGUCAACGCGGCGGUAUCAUGUACGAGAUCUUCGGAUCGAGUGAUUAUUUCGAUAUAAUUCCGCCUCACGCAAGUCCACCAACGAUAGGACGCGUGGGGAUGGUGGUGAUGCACCUAUACAUCACCACGAGCGAAGUAACUCAGGGAAUCGAGGUGUCACUGGUGUCAGUGCUCAUGCUGGCACCAAUCAAGAGGCCAGGGACCGAUAUGUCCUGCACCACGCUCCCCAAGUGGAGUCUCCGUGGAUGCCGCCAUUCAGAGAGUUGGACCGGUUGGCCGGCACGACCACCAAAAAACGGGAUCGAAUCCCGUUUUUCGAUUGCAGGAAGAUUUGCCCACCUGAUUCCGGCACGGAAACUAUCCGUGCUGAGGAAGAUUUCUUCACCGAUGCAUUUUUCAAACAGUGGUGGUACAAUGGUAGCCGUGUUCGAGACGGCACAGCCUUGGUACAAGGAUGGAAUGCCCUCAUCCACAACAUCGAGUGCAUUGGCCGUAAGGCUUGGCUCGCCAAACUUGAUGCAGCUCGCACCAGGUUUGUGA